AUGGAAGCCUCCGCGUCUCCAGCACCGCCGAAACACCGUAUCCCCGGCCUGCCAAAUCCGGUUAUAGCGGCUACACAGAAGAAAUGGAUCUUUACCGAUGAAGAGCUCGAGCGCACACCGUCGCGGAUUGAUAAGAUCGACCGCGAGAAGGAGGAUUACAUCCGGCACCGUGCCGUCGAGUUUAUUUGGCAGGUCAGCAUGAUGCUGAAGAUGCCGCCGCAGACGUCUAUGACGGCGACGGUGUUUAUGCACCGCUUUCUCAUGAGAUACUCUCUGCGCGGACAAUAUCCCGAGGUGGGCGCGGACCUCAUGCAUCCAAAGGUCAUUGCGGCUGUUUCCUUGUUCGUUGCGUUCAAGGUAGACGAGACGAUGCGCCGCAUGAAGGAUUUCGUCGUGGCUUGCUGCCGUGUCGCUAUGAAGCAGCCUGAUCUGGUCGUGGAUGAGCAGUCGAAGGAUUACUGGAAGUGGCGCGAUCUGAUCCUACAGAAUGAGAGUGUCAUCCUUGAGUUCCUCUGUUUCGACCUGCAGCUCGAGUCGCCGUACCGCAUCCUUUGGGAUUACUCCCUCUUCCUCGGUGUGGGCGAUAACAGACCCCUCCGCCACUCGGCAUAUGCUUUUCUGAAUGACUCCACCUACACAGUGCUCUGCUUGCAAUUCCAACCACGCGUCAUCGCCGCUGCCGCUCUCUACGCCGCUGCUCGCCAUUGCCAGAUCGCCUUUCCAGACGACUCAGAAGGGCGGCCAUGGUGGGAACAACUGGACGUCAAAGUGGACGAGCUCAUCCGCGCCUGCAAGCUGAUCGUCAAAAUCUACGAGCGUGUCCAGCAAAACCUGAGCAAGGGCUAUCCCGACUUUGCCUUCUCAGACGCAGACGCCAACGACCCAACCCGCCUCUUCAAUAAUAAUCCCAUCGCCGACCCAGUUUCAACACCCACUCUUAGUACACCGGGCGACUCGGCCGCGCCAAACGGGCGCAAACGCUCGCGUGAACCAGAAUCCCAAUCCAACGAACACAACCAACCAACCCCAACAUCAACUACACAACAAUCCUCCUCACUGAACGGGGAGCGCUCGCCAAAACGCCAUUGCACCGUUUCACCUCAUCCCGCAGCAGGCGCAACAGCCUCGCCUUCAACAACGGCUCGCCCGCGCAUUCCCCUCCGCGCAUUGGAAGCCGUCCGACAAUCAAAGACCACCGAUCGACUCUCCAGCGACAGACAAGACCAGCACUCUGCCCGGCCUUCUUCCACCCAAACCCCUCAAAAAGACGAAACCAGUGCCGAAGAAGGCGAAGUCUCAGGCGACAAGGGCGUUGACCCGAGUACCGGCCCGGCCGAAUCUGCAGAAGCCAAGGAGACAGGUCCGCCGUCCGCACCAAGGGUCGAUAUUAAUGACGAAAGGGGUGGAAGUGAAGAAGGCGAAAUCUAG